UUCAUCAAUCCUUAUAUCGCUUGAAUAAUUUCAAAAUGUCUCGUCACAAAUCAAAUGACUCAAGAAUAUAUAUUGGUAAUUUACCACCUGACAUCAGGAGCAAAGAUAUUGAAGAUAUAUUUUUUAAAUAUGGAAAAAUUGUGACAAUAGAUCUCAAAAACAGGAAAGGUCCACCGUUUGCUUUUGUUGAAUUUGAUGAUCCUAGGGAUGCUGAAGAUGCUGUUCACGCCAAGGAUGGUUACAAUUAUGAUGGAUACCGACUUCGCGUAGAAUUUCCUCGAGGUGGUAAUCCAACAAACGGAGGAGGUAGAGGUGGGGGCGGAGGAAGGGGAGGUGGUAGUGGUGGCUUCCGAGGAGGUCGUGGAGGUGGUAGUUAUGGAGGAGGCAGUGGAGCUGGAAAAAGAACCGAGCACCGCGUGCUUAUUACUGGCUUACCUCCUACAGGCUCCUGGCAGGAUCUGAAAGAUCACAUGCGAGAGGCUGGCGAUGUUGUUUAUGCCGACGUAUUCAAAGACGGGAGUGGAGUGGUGGAGUACUCAAGCAGAGAUGCCAUGAAAUAUGCACUGAACAAGCUUAGCGACACCAAGUUCACCUCCCACGAGGGUGAGACCUCAUAUGUAAGAGUUAAAUCUGAUGCUCGUUCUAGCCGAGAUGGGCGGUCAAGUUCCAGAGGUUCUAGGCAUAAACGUUCAAGAAGUACGAGCAGAGGUGGAAGAAAUACCCGGGCUUCUCCUUCAUAUUCUCCAGCUAAGAGAUCGCUUUCUAGGUCUCCUUAUUGAUGAAAAUGGGAAAAGAGGUGGAGAGAAAUGAUUCUAUUUUAUUUAGACGAAAUAAUCUGUUCUUUUUGAUUUAAAAAGUCUUUUUUUAUAAAUUUUGUUUUCUAGUAAACGUAUUUUAAGAUGUUUUAGUUUGGAAAAAUAUUUAAAAAAUGGAUGGAAAAUGUUUGAAUAAUUAUAUAUAUUCCUUACCACUUUUUGUUACCUUACAUUUCUAUUGACGUUUUUUUAAAUUUAAUCUCAAGCCUAUCUUAUAUGAAAUUUUGGUUAUUAGCUAUUUAAUACAUAUCUAAAAUCUGAUAAAUUAAGUUAUGGCUCUAUUUUUUUCUAUAAUUUUUUUUUAGAAAUAAUAUGGAAAAAUUUAUAUAUUCUUGUAAAUUGGCUUGAUUGGUAUGUAAUUGUUUGUAUUUUUUUUAUUACUGCGGAUACUUGCUUGAUAAUGUAGAUUUAACAUUGUUAGGGUUUAAUAAUGUUCAUUAUUUAAAUUUCAUUCCUUUUCCUUUUUGUACUUUUACAUCAUUAUGUUAUUACAUACUACAAUAUAUUAUACCAAACUGAUCACUUUUAAACAUACAUUUGUAUCUUUAUCAUAUUAAUUUUAUACAUUUUAUUAAUUU